GAUAAGACCACGCACGUUCUUGAGGUAGCUCGAUCAUAUUCAGUAUAUAAACCGAUUACUGUUGAAUCCAGAAUCAUUCCAGAACUUAACUCAUUCAGAAACAUUUGUUUCCAAACUCCAAACAAUCAGCAAUCAUGAAGUGCAUCGCAGCUGUAGUCAUGAUGGUCCUGGCGGUAGCCGCCGUUGAGGGGACCUACUACCCGCUGGCUUACUCCGCUCCUCUGGCCUACAGCGUUGCUCCAACCGUUGUCCAGCAAAACCACGGAUACGGAUACCCAUUGGCCUACUCCGGAUACGGAUAUGGAGGAUACGCUCCGAUUUCCUAUGCUUCCCAGGCUUCCGUUGUCCCAACUGCCUAUGCCGCCUACGCCGCCCCAGCUCCAGUGGCCGUCGUUGCCCAGCGUGAAGCUCGUUAUGUGGCCGCCAACCGUGGAGCCGUCCAUGAUGCCCCUCUCCAGGGACAUGCCGUCUCCCAGCAGUCCCUGAACCUGCAACCCGCCCCAGGAACUCUGUAAAAAUGAGUGCUGAAUGCUGUCGAAGCUUAUUUGGACCUGAUGUUGUAAAAUUUGAAUUUGAAGUUGUAAUAAAUGUGAUAUUUAUUGAAAUUUGCAAAA